AUGGCGCAACAAGCGACGCCUGCUGCACCUCGGUUCUCUAUCUUUGCAUCUCUCUCCCCAUCUCCCCCCGCAUUCUCUCUCUCUUGCUCUGUCGCAUUCUCUCUCUCUCGCUGCCGCAUUCUCUCUCUUGCCCUGCCGCAUUCUCUCUCUCGCUCUGCCGCAUUACCUCUGUGGCACGCUCUGCCGCAUUCUCUCUCUCGCUCUGCCGCAUUCUAUCUCUCUUGCACGAACGUAUUAUCUCUUUCGCUCUGCCGCGUUCUCUCUCUCUCGCUGCCGCAUUAUCUCUCUCGCUUUGCCGCAUUCUCUCUCUCGCUUUGCCGCAUUCUCUCUCUCGCUUUGCCGCAUUCUCUCUCUCCCCCUGCCGCAUUCUCUCUCUCACUCUACCGCAUUCGCUCACUCUCGCUCUUCCGCAUUCUCUUUCUCGCUCUGCCGCAUUCUCUCUCUCGCCCUGCCGCAUUCUCUCUCUCGCUCUGCCGCAUUCGCUCACUCUCGCUCUUCCGCAUUCUCUCUCUCUCGCUCUGCCUCAUUCUCUCUCUUGCCCUGCCGCAUUCUCUCUCUCGCUCUGCCGCAUUCGCUCACUCUUGCUCUUCCGCAUUCUCUCUCUCUCGCUCUGCCGCAUUCGCUCACUCUCGCUCUUCCGCAUUCUCUCUCUCUUGCUCUGCCGCAUUCUCUCUCUUGCCCUGCCGCAUUCUCUCUCUCGCUCUUCCGCAUUCGCUCACUCUCGCUCUUCCGCAUUUUCUCCCUCUCGCUCUGCCGCAUUCUCUCUCUCGCCCUGCCGCAGUCUCUCUCUCGCUCUGCCGCAUUUGCUCACUCUCGCUCUUCCGCAUUCUCUCUCUCUCGCUCUGCCGCAUUCUAUCUCUCUCGCACGAACGCAUUAUCUCUUUCGCUCUGCCGCGUUCUCUCUCUCUCACUGCCGCAUUAUCUCUCUCGCUCCGCCGCAUUCUCUCUCUCGCUCUGCCGCAUUCUCUCUCUCGCCCUGCCGCAUUCUCUCUCUCGCUCUGCCGCAUUCGCUCACUCUCGCUCUUCCGCAUUCUCUCUCUCUCGCUCUGCCGCAUUCGCUCACUCUCGCUCUUCCGCAUUCUCUCUCUCUCUCGCUCUGCCGCAUUCUCUCUCUCGCCCUGCCGCAUUCUCUCUCUCGCUCUGCUGCAUUCGCUCACUCUCGCUCUUCCGCAUUCUCUCUCUCUCGCUCUGCCGCAUUCUCUCUCUCGCCCUGCUGCAUUCUCUCUCUCGCUCUGCCGCAUUCGCUCACUCUCGCUCUUCCGCAUUCUCUCUCUCUCUCUCUCUCUCUCUCUCUCUCUCUCUCUCUCUCUCUCUCUCUCUCUCUCUCUCUCUCUCUCUCUCUCUCUCUCUCUCUCUCUCUCUCUCUCUCUCUCUCUCUCUCUCUCUCUCUCUCUCUUUGCCGCAUUCUCUCUCUCGCCCUGCCGCAUUCUCUCUCUCACUCUGCCGCAUUCGCUCACUCUCGCUCUUCCGCAUUCUCUCUCUCUCUCUCGCUCUGCCGCAUUCUCUCUCUCGCCCUGCCGCAUACUCUCUCUCGCCCUGCCGCAUUCUCUCUCUCUCUCUCCCUGCCACUCUCACGCUACCUCCCUCUGCCACUCUCGCAUCCCCGCUCAUUGCCGCUCUAGCUCUCUGACGGCCCCACUUGCUCUGUCACACCCUUUUCCCUCAUCUCCCUGGCCAUCAGUCCCUCUCAGACCCAUUCCCUCCUCCUUUGCCACGUUCACUCACGCUCUGCCCCAUUCACUCCCUCUCUGCCCCAGUCAGUCCCUCUCUGACCCAUUCCCUCCUCCUUUGCCACGUUCACUCACGCUCUGCCCCAUUCACUCCCUCUCUGCCCCAUUCACUCACGCUCUGCCCCAUUCACUCCCUCUCUGCCCCAUUCACUCACGCUCUGCCCCAUUCACUCCCUCUCUGCCCCAUUCAUUCAGAUGA